AUGUCUGAUCAACAAAAGUUAGACCAAAGGGAUGAAGAAGCUCAAAGUACCCAGGAGCAACCACCAGCAUUCAACAAAGACUACCGCUUCUGGAUGAUCAUGGUUACGCUAAUCCUCGCCACCAUCCUCGCAUCUCUUGAGUCAACAGUUGUUAUCACUUCUCUUCCAACCAUUGUCAACGAUCUCAAACUUGGGUCUAGUUACAUCUGGGUUACCAAUGUUUUCUUCCUUACCACGGCCUGUGUUCAACCCCUCUUCGGUCAACUUUGCAAUAUUUGGGGCCGCAAGAAAGUCAUGGUGGCCAUAUUUGCUCUAUACACCCUCGGAAGCGGUAUUGCUGGUGGCGCCAAUGGAGGAGCGAUGCUCAUCGCUGGUCGCACAAUCCAAGGUAUUGGGAGUGGUGGAAUAACGAUGGCCAACGAUGUUAUAAUCUCCGAUCUGGUUCCAUUGCGGUACAGAGGGAAUUAUAUCGCGAUACUUCUGUUGGUCAUGACCGUUGGUUUUGCGAUUGGACCGUUCCUCGGGGGCGUCAUCGUUGAGAAUACGACUUGGAGAUGGAUACAUCAGGACGAAACUAACAUUUUGACUUGGGUAUUUUACCUGAAUCUUCCCCUUGGAGGCGUCGCUAUUAUUGUGACGUACUUCUUCCUCAACCUUCAAUACGACAGAACCCAGUCAACAAUCGAAAAGCUCAAGCGUAUCGAUUACAUCGGAAAUGCUAUCCUCAUCGGAUCCAGCGUCUCGAUUCUCAUCGCACUUACAUGGGCAGGACCAGUUCAUCCAUGGUCUGAUGUGAGAAUACUGGCUCCACUGAUCAUAGGUCUUCUUGGACUCGUCGGAUUUGUCAUUUAUGAAGGUUCUGGCAUUCCAUCUGAGCCUGUCAUGCCCAUCCGUCUAUUCCCGAGUCGCACAUCAUAUAUCGUCUACGCCAAUACCUUUCUGAAUCAGUUGUUAAUCAUGUGGUUAUACUACUUCCUCCCACUGUACUUUCAAGCCGUCAAGAUGUCUACGCCUUCUAGAUCGGGAGUGCAAAUGCUACCCGUUGCUCUCAUCGCCAUUCCCGGAGCUGCACUCUCUGCCUUUAUGUUGUCAAGAUGGGGCAAGUAUAAAGGACUUCAUGUAUCGGGCUUCUUUAUCAUGACUUUGGGUGUCGGGCUCUUUGGUCUUCUCGAAGAGGACAGCCCCCCUGUAGCUUGGGUGCUUGUCCAAUUUCUUCCUGCUAUUGGAUCUGGAUUUCUACUCAACACGCUCCUCCCUGCCUUUCAAGCGUCCACAGAAGAGAUUGAUCAAGCUGCAGCUACUGGUACUUGGUCAUUCAUACGUUCUCUUGGCACAGUCUGGGGUGUCGCAAUCGCUGGGACCGUGUUCAAUUCGUACACGAAACAGUAUGCGCACAUGAUUGAUAAUGAAUUAGCCAGAGAAGCACUCCAUUCUGGGGAUUCAUACCAAAGCGCAACUCGUGCUUUCAUCUCACAAUUUGAUGAGGCGACUCAGGAACAACUGCGCCACGUCUUUAUGCUCUCACUUCGGAAGGUGUAUGUUAUCUCUGUGGCAUUCGGUGGGCUUGCCUUUUUCCUGUCUAUGUUGGAGAAAGAAAUCCCUCUUCGUGAGGAGUUGGAUACUCAGUAUGGCCUGGAAGAGAAGAGUUCCAGUAAGAAAUUAGACAGAUGA